AUGGCUCAAUAUUAUCAAAUAGUUGGGCAAGGACCUUCACUGACACUUGAGGAUUUACAAAGAUAUUGUCCUAAUAUAUGUUUGGAUGGAAUCAUUGUUAACCAAGAAGACCAGCAGUAUGGUCAACAGCAAGUUGUAGUGCAACAAGCGGACACAUCUAGUGAUAUAAUAGUGAGUGAAGGUGUCCAACCUCAACUAGUUGUUGGAGAUGGAUUGCCUUAUCAACAGCAAUAUAUUAUACGUCAUGAACCCCAACAACCCACCAGGACAGAAUUCCAACCCCAACAACAACAACAAAACCAGCAACAACAACAAAAUCAGCAACAACAAACUUUGCAUAGACAUCAGGUAUACUACACCUCUGAUUUGCCUGUGGAUGCUCAGGUUGUGUUGCAACAGGCCCAACAGAUCAUUGAUGCAUCUCUGAUGCAACAGUCAUCACCUCAACAUCCGCAACAUCAGCUUGUGAGUCCUGGCCAUGUAUUGUCGCAGCCCACUGUGAUACACCCGGCACAGCAGCCGCCGCCCCAGCCCCCACCCCAAACUGCCACCCAACAAUUAGGACCACAAAAUCAACAGCAGGCAUCACAGCUAACAAGAGCCUCCCCCCAACUAAUCCAACAUCUUCAACAGCAACACCAGCAGCAAAUCCAAUUACAGCUGCAACAACAGCAACAACAACAGUUGCAACAUCAACUGCAGCAGCAACAACAGCAACAGCAGCAGCAACAACAACAGCAACAACAGCAACAACACCUCCAGCCCCAACAAAUACCACAUCAACAAGUUGUUAUGCAUGCAGCAUAUAUCAAUCAACAGGGUACCCCAACACGGCAGCCGGGACCUCGGCUUCUGAAUCAAGCACUUAGUAAUACUCCCGGCUUGACUCUCGUCCGCACUCCGAGAACAGUGAGGCCGCGACGAGCCCCAGCGCGCCCCGCGCUGCCCGGACCACAGGUCGCGAGGCAACUCACCCCGCAGCUUCAGCAGGUAAACAUUGACAAUGAGAAUCGUCUAUGGCCAGGUUCUAUACACUAG